CCGUCCCUCCCCGCCGCCGCUCCGGGAGGGGCAGCGCCGGGCUCCCUUCUCUUUACCCGGCCCGCGCGGCCCGGCCGCGGCUGCCCCGGUGAGGAACAGCAGCCCCGGGCCGGGUGCUCCCCUCAGCAGCGCCCUGCCCCUGCCUGGAGCCCGGAGGAGCGGCCGGCCCUGGAGGGGUGCUCGGGGAGCGGCUCCGCGGCCCGGCCUCCGCGCUGCUCUGACCCGAAAGAGUGGUGGCAACUCUACAGAAAAGUUAAAUGUCUUCUGAGGACAAGGAGGCUCAGGAGGACGAGCUGCUGGCUCUGGCCAGCAUCUACGAUGAGGAUGAGUUUAAGAGAGCAGAGUCUGCCCAAGGAGGAGAAACAAGAAUUUGUGUGGAGUUGCCUCAAGACUUCAAAGUUUUUGUGAGGGGCAGUUCCACAGAGAAUCUCCAGGGCAGUGGCUUCGAGUACUCCGUGAGCUUCCUGCCUCCCCUCGUGCUGAAUUUCGAGCUCCCACCUGACUACCCAUCGACCUCCCCGCCCGUGUUCACCCUCAGUGGGAAAUGGCUCUCCCAGGCCCAGCUCAGCGCCCUUUGCAAGCACUUGGACAAUGUGUGGGAAGAGAACCGAGGCUGUGUGGUGCUGUUUGCCUGGAUGCAGUUUCUGAAGGAGGAAACACUGAAUUACCUGAAUAUUUCAUCGCCAUAUGAGCUGAAAAUGUGCCCUCGGGGGAAGGGGCAGGGCCGGACAGCAGUGGGGCCCCUCGAGGCUGGGAAGGACUCUGGGGGUGCCACGGGCUCUGCCACAGCCGAGGAGGAAACCGUGGAUGCCAGGGCUGUGCGGGAUGUGGAGUCCUUGUCCAGUCUGAUCAGGGACAUCUUGGACUUCGACCAGGCCCAGAGGAGGAAGUGCUUUAACAGUAAGAUGUACUCGUGCGGUAUCUGCUUCUGUGAGAAGCGGGGCAGUGAGUGCAUGCGCUUCCCCGAGUGCAGCCACGUGUACUGCAAGGCCUGCCUGAAGGACUACUUUGAGAUCCAGAUCAGGGAUGGGCAGGUGCACUGCCUCAACUGCCCCGAGCCCAAGUGUUCUUCUGUCGCCACUCCAGGCCAGGUGAAGGAGCUGGUUGGGGAGGAGCUGUUUGCCCGCUAUGACCGCCUGCUGCUGCAGUCCAGCCUGGACCUGAUGGCUGACGUGGUUUACUGCCCCCGGCCCGGCUGCCAGACCCCCGUGAUGCUGGAGCCCGGCUGCACCAUGGGCAUCUGCUCCUGCUGCAACUACGCCUUCUGCACCCUCUGCAAGAUGACCUACCACGGGGUGUCCCCCUGCAAGGUCACUGCAGAGAAAUUAAUAGAAUUGAGGAAUGAAUAUUUAGAAGCAGAUGAGACAACUAAAAGAUUUUUGGAAAAACGCUAUGGCAAGAGAAUGUUUCAGAAAACCCUGGAGGAGAUGGAGAGUGAGAAAUGGCUGGUGAAGAACUCCAAGUCUUGUCCUUGCUGUAGGACCCCCAUCGAGAAACUGGAUGGCUGUAACAAGAUGACCUGCACAGGGUGCAUGCAGUACUUCUGCUGGGUCUGCCUGAGCUCCCUGUCCCGGACCAACCCCUACCGGCACUUCGACGACCCCUCCUCGCCCUGCUUCAACAGAUUGUUUCAAGACAUGCACAUUGACAAUGGGGAGUUCUGGGAAGGAGGUGAUGAUCAUUAGCUUCCUCCAGCACCAAAAGGUGAACAAACCAGAGACAGAUGCUUUUUGUGUGUCCUUUGUUUGCUUUUCACUUCCAUUGUGUGACAGAAGAGUGGUAACUGCACUGCAGGACACACCUCAGAACCUAUUGCCAAAACCAAAGGAGACCUUGUCCCCAUCCUGGGAUCAGGAUCAUCAUGGAAUGCCCAAACAAACAUGUCCUCUAUUAAAGUCAGAAAUUGGACGACCAUUGGAAAAAUAUAUACCAAGUGCCCCUUUUUAAAAAGCCAACAGACAAAACUGAAGCCUCAAAUGCUGGAAGUAUUUUGGGGGUUUCUUCUAGGGAGACUGACCCUUGGAUCUUGAAUAUUUUGGGGUUUGGGGUGGUUUGCUGGAGCUGUAGUGCUCUCUCUGGGGCUGCUUGGACUGGGGCAGUUUUCUGAUACAAUACAGAAAAUUGGUCCUGUAUUCAGCAACAAAGUUGUUGCUUUUAUGAAUUUCCUGAUGUGCUUCUCUGAAAAGCAGCUCCUGGCUGUGUCACUGGUACUUUGUAAUGACAUUAAAGCUGAUUAUACCCAA